AUGACUCACGGUCCGGACAGGGACAUACAUGGUAGGACAGCACAACACGCAUCCGUUCAGCGAGAACGAACGUUGCGCACAGUAUCUCAGGUGACCGAUGGAGCUGCGGUUGUACCUGAUCCACCUUUUACUUCUACAUCCAACACACCUGCUACAGCCGGGCCCAUUCUUUCACCUGCAUCAGCUAGGCCUACUCCAUCACCCGCUCCAGUCGGGCCCAUUCGUUCACCUGCAUCAGUCAGGCCCAUUCCAUCACCCGCUUCAGCCGGGCCCAUUCUAUCACGUGCUUUAGCCAGGCCCACUCCAUCACCCGCUCCAACCGGGCUUUCUAAGUCUACUACUCCAUCACGGAGACCUCAGGAUGAUCCUAAGGGUAUUUCUACAUCAGAGUUGCCACCAUCCUCGCGCAGACCUCAUCGGGGCAUUGCUUCUUCUGCCGGGCCACCUCCGGAGGUACACGAGGAUGAUCCGCGGGGGCCAAUGCUUGUGCCAGAACCCGUUUGGUACCCUGGUGGACUCGUAGACACCUCUCUACUUACUGGAUAUGAUGAUCAUGCUGCAAGACGUAUAUGGGAUGGAGAUAGCAGGGCUCCCAGAGGUUCUACAACCAUGGGCGGAAGAUUAGGGAUCUCGUGCAGCCUGACCAGCCAUGAUUUUAGGAGGUACUGGCAGCUUCAGGCUUGA